CGUUUUUUUUCGACCCCUACUACACUAAAGAUUCUCUGGUUUCCCGUGGUUUCAAUUUUUGGAUAUUCAAGAAACUAUCUUAGACUAGUUAACGAAUUUCGGAAAAUCUUCGAAUGUCCAGAUCCGCAGAUCCGAUAUCCGACCGAUAAUUUUCUUAUAUAUAUAUGACUUUUAAGGUCCGAACAUCUGGAAAAGCCAACCUUAUCCCGGGCACCUCAUAAUAGUUAAUGAACGUUCCGUUUCGAUAAAAUAAAAUUUUGUAUAUUUCCGUUAGGAUAGGAUACAGUUGGAAAUAUUAAUUUGAUAAAAAUAGGAGGGAGAAAUAAAAAUUAUGGUCUCGUUAUAUGAGGCUGUCAUGCAAGUCAUGGUGUCAUACAAGCGGGGUCCAAGUGUAUUUUCUAAAUUUAACUUUUAAUAUAGCAAUAAUCGGCUUUGCUCGCAUCUGUACUGGAGACGUUUUCGAAGUUUGCAUUCGUCACGGCCACCAACGUUGGCGAACUCGCGGAAAAACACAGCCAGACAGAUCACAACGUUGGGACUUACAGCCCCCAAUAGCCUCUAUACAAGUUUUGUGGAACGUGCCUGUCCAGGUUCGGGUACUCGAGAUAGGCUUCCUUCGAGCUCGCUGUCUCAUUGAACGGCAAUUUGACCCUGCCAAGUUUGCGGCAGCACAGCCCCAAUUGGUCACGAUGAAUUUAAAUAGUUCUGGAAGUUUAAAAUUGAGAUUGGUUGUGACUUGGCUGCCUCUACUAUCUUCUAAUAUGCCUACACAAUUUAAUAAUAUGUUAAAUCAAAAACAACUUCAAGCUAAAGAAAAUGGAUUUAAUAACAACAAUAAUAAUCAUGCUUCCUUAUCCCAACAAAAUUCGUUGGCACAAAGACCAGAGCCUCCAGAACGUUCUGCAAUAAACGGUAAACUUCGACAACACCAAUCCCAAGUUCUCCUACCAUCCGUAAACAAUAAUAAUCAAAAAACACAACAAAAUGGUGUUAGUAUUUGGAGAACUACUAGCAGUAAUUCUCCUUCAGCUUUUCCCUCCCAAGCUGGAAAUAAUAAUAAAACAGCAUGGCAAAACAAUAAUAGUACUAACAACAUUAAUCAAGCUAAUUCAACAAAUAAUACUGAACAAAUUAAUGGUGGAAAGUUAGAUGAUGUCCACCAACCUUCUGAACAUUCCCCUUCAUCCAUUACAACGAAUGGAACAGUAGAAAAUGGACCUGCUACUAAAGUUUGCCUUCGCGACAAAAAACGACAACGCGAACAACGUUUAAAACUUGGUGCAAGUGUUGGGGCUGCUUUAGGGAAUGGGGGAGGUGGAGGAAUUAGUAGAGAAUCGAGCAAAACAGAAAAGGACAAAUGGAGGUGUUCUUCGACUACACUUUUGGAUGAAGUUUAUAAAGACUUGUCAAAGUCUAUUCCGACUAUUGAUGAUCUUUCCGCCCUUCACUCCUCCAAACCUUCAAGUAUUUGUGGCGGCAGUCUUGGUCACUCAAAAAAUAAUUUUUGUGGUCCAAGUUCCUCCUCUUCCGUAUCUGAUGGCCAUGGAGCUCGCAGCGGAGCUAAAAGAAUUUUUUCUUUUGUCAAGAGAGGAGGGCAUGAUAAAUCCUCUUUGGAUAGACAAACAGCUUCGGAUUGGAGAAAAUCUGUCAGUUUGGCACAAAUUCCUUCAAGUAGAUCUAUGGAAAUUGAACAGAACAGCAAUUCUUUGAAGAGUUCAAAUCGAAAUAAAAGUCAAUAUCGUCUGGAGGUUGAGGAACCUGAAGAACCUGAUGAGUUUGAUGAAAAUGAGAGGGAAGAAGGGCUUUGUAGAGGGGGGACAAGCAGGCAAGUUUUUUUGAAAUUUUUUUAG